AUGUCGAUGAACAAUACUAGUGCGUUCCGAUCAUCAUCAAUGAGGCUUCUCUCUCUUAAACUCUGUCACUAUGCACUUCUUCCGCUCCUUAUUGAUUCUCCUAUUGACCUUGGAAGAGACCAUGAUGAGGCUUAUUGGGGGGCAUUUGUAUGCUUGCUUGUGCUUGUUGGAGGAGAAGUUGCAUGGCAUCAUGAUGAUCAGCUUGCCCAAUCUCAGCAACCAAUGAGAGAACCAAGAUUUUGGGCGGUGGCACAGACUCCUAGGCCAGCACUAUCAAGUCAGCUUAGGUGUCUUCGACUUGGGGGUUGCUCUGAAGUAUCAGGUGACGGGUUGAGUGAAGCAGCUAAAGGAUUUCCCCUGUUGGAAGAAUUGCACUUCGUCUUUGUAAAGAAUUGUAAUGAAGGUAUUGAAGCUAUUGGUCGUUCCUGCCCUAAGUUGAGGUCGUUUACACUUAGUGAGUCGGGGUACAAACACCCACAACUCCUUUGUGAUGCUGAUGCACUAGCAAUUGCAAAAAGCAUGCCAGGUUUGCACCGCCUUCAACUUUUGGGAAAUAAUAUGACAAAUGAGGGCCUGCAAGCCAUUCUUGACGGUUGUCCACUUCUUGAAUUGCUUGACAUCCGGAAAUGUCUGAAUGUUGAUCUAAGUGGGGAGUUGGGGAAAAGGAUUACUCAAAAGAUCAAAGACUUCAAGCGUCCUGAUGACUCCAUGGAAGAUUGCGAGUGGGAUCCUGAAAUUUUUGAUUGUGAUGAAUAUGAUGAAGAUUACUACCGCUCAUCUGAGAUUUCAGAGUUUUCUCUCGAUAAUUAUUAUGAUUACGAUGAUUACCUUCAUUAUAGUGGAAGCGACUACGAUUCUGAUGGUGGAGUCGACCCAUAUUUCUACUUUGAUUGAGCUUCGAACCAAUUUGGGGUGAUAAAACAUUUCUAAUGUUUGCCAUGCAGUAUUACAUAGAACCGGCUGGUAUUAAUCUACAAAAUCUUUGUUUCGUUUUUACUUUUUAGUUCUGUCUAGUACUAAGCAUGCCUUUAACGUGAACUUUCCAUUGUAACUGCAUUUUUAACUUGCCGCUAGUUUGAGUUAGUGAAAUUUGCUCGUUAUUUAUUGGCUCA